AUGCCUUCGCUCCUUUCGUGGCUUCGGCGCCUCUACUCGCUUGAUACACUCGACACUCGCUUCACUACCUCCGCCUCCACCUCUACUCAAGCAGACGCGCGACCCCCAUCCGCCAAAGAUGCCCGCGCCAACGCCGUUGCCCAGGGCGCGCCCGCACCCCUCUGGCGUACCCCGGAAUUCUUCGUCUACUACCUCUUCUUUAUCACACUUGUACCGUUGAUGUUCAAGACUGUGGCUGAUGCCUCGAAGGAGAGCCACCCGAUCUAUUCAUCCUACUCUGACCUCUUGUCACCGGGGUGGAUCCCUGGCCGGAAAGUGGACAACUCCGACGCACAAUAUGCUAGCUUUCGCGAUAAUAUCCCUUACCUUUCCUUGCUGGUGGUUGCUCAUCCGCUGCUCCGCCGAGUCUAUCAAUCGUACACGAGUCGGACCGGUGCCGAAACGAAACCCGCACAUCCCUCCGUGACUGCGGCGGGCGACGCGCAGUUCGAGCAGCGCAUGCGAUUUGAUUUUGGAUUUGGGCUGGUGUUUAUCACGGCUCUAAAUGGGAUUUCCGCCCUAAAGGUGCUUUUGAUUUUGUAUAUCAACUACCGAAUUGGGAAGAGUCUCCCUCGGUCCUACGUUCCCGCCGUCACUUGGAUUUUCAAUAUCUGCAUCUUGUUCGCCAAUGAGCUAUGCACUGGAUACCCCCUUGAACGGAUAGCCACGGUGUUGGCUCCGGGAUCUGGGUCAGGAGAAAAACGAAAUUUGUUGGUUCAGUGGGCUCAAACACUGGAUAGCUUUGGUGGAAUCAUGCCGCGGUGGGAAGUCCUCUUCAAGGUCACCGUGUUGCGUCUUAUUAGUUUCAACAUGGAUCACCACUGGAGCGUUGACUACUCCGCCGCUAGUCCAAUUGAAAAGAAGCAACUUGAUCCUGCGGCCCUGUCGGAUCGAGACCGGGUGAAAAUCCCAGCCGAACAGGCCGUUUUCAACAUGCGCAAUUAUAUUGCCUAUGUGCUUUACUCGCCGCUGUACCUGGCGGGUCCGAUCCUGACGUUCAAUGACUAUGUAUCCCAGCAGCGAUACACGCCACCAUCACUGACCCGCACGCGCACACUGCUCUAUGGCGUCCGUUUCUUCCUGACCUUGCUCUGCAUGGAGCUGAUUCUCCAUUACAUCUAUGCAGUCGCCAUCUCCAAAGCAUCCCCGGACUGGUCCCUCUUCACACCCGGCCAGCUCAGCAUGCUCGCCUUCUUCAACCUCCAUAUUAUCUGGCUGAAACUCCUCAUCCCCUGGCGCUUCUUCCGCCUCUGGGCACUCAUAGACGGCAUCGACCCGCCCGAGAACAUGGUCCGCUGCAUGUCCAACAACUACUCCGCCUUCGGCUUCUGGCGCGGCUGGCACCGCUCCUUCAACCGCUGGAUCGUCCGAUACAUCUACGUGCCCCUCGGCGGCGGCGGAGGUGGCGGCAGAGGAGCAAGACAGCCGGCCGCCGGGAAAGCAACACCCGCACCACCGCAAUCCAGCUUCAGCGACAAGGUCCAGCGCAUCCGCAAUUUCCUGUUGGUGUUCACCUUCGUCGCGCUCUGGCACGACAUCAACCUCCGCCUCCUGAUGUGGGGCUGGCUCAUCACUCUCUUCGUGCUGCCCGAGGUCCUGGGGAACAUGUUGUUCCCGGCUCGUCGCUGGCGCUCUCGCCCGACGGCGUAUCGGAUCCUCUGUGGUGUCGGCUCCGUCGGUAACGUCCUGAUGAUGAUGGUUGCCAAUCUGGUUGGCUUUGCGCUGGGCCUGGAUGGGCUUAAGGAUCUGCUGAAUAGCCUUACGGGAUCCUUCUCGGGGGCUGCGUAUUUGGUUUCCUGCUGCGUGGUGCUGUUUGUUGGUGUGCAGGUCAUGUUUGAGAUUCGCGAGGAUGAGUUGCGCGCUGGUAUCAACUUGAAGUGUUGA